UGCUGUGGAGCAGAGAAUGUGGAAGUACCGACGGAACAGAAGGUUUCUGUUAGAGUGUCCCAGGCAAGGAAUCCCAAGGUAGCCUUGUCUUCCCAGAAGAGCCACCCCUGUGAGAGUUGUGGGCUAGUCUUGGAAAACAUUUUCCACGUGAUGGAGCUGCAGGGAACACAACACGGACAGAUACUGUUGAGGUGUGGGGCAUGUGCAACACGGUUUUAUUUCAGUGUAAAAUUUCACCAGCAGCAUGUGAGAGAGAAGACUUUCAUUAGAGGUGUGGACAGGAUCUCCCUUGCAAACAGCUGCAAUUUCAAUGUGUCCCGGAAUCGUUUCUCAUGCAGAGAGGUUGGGCAGGGUGUUUUUACUGAAUCAGGAUAUCUCCACCUAAAGGCUCCUCGGACCAGGGACAGUCCAAAUGCUAUUUUGACACGUGGGAUGACAUUUCAAAGGACAAAAAAUUAUUACACCAGAAAAGAAUGUAAGAAAGACAUUAUUUGCACCCACACGUUUAUUCAGGAAAAGGAUGUCAAUGUUGGAAGUCGAUGUUUUGUGUGCUCUGAAUGUGGGAAAUCUUUUACCACUAAGUUUCACCUUCACGGUGAUCAGAGAGUUCACACAGGAGAAAAGCCUUAUAAAUGCACUGAAUGUGGGAAAUCUUUUACCAGUAAAACUGAACUUUGUACUCAUCAGAGAGUUCAUACAGGAGAAAAGCCUUAUAAAUGCACUGAAUGUGGGAAGUGUUUUGUCACCAGCAGUAAUCUCUGUCGUCAUCAGAGAGUUCAUACAGGAGAAAAGCCUUUUAAAUGCAGUGUAUGUGGGAAGUGUUUUAUCACCAGCAGUAAUCUCUGUCGUCAUCAGAGAGUUCAUACAGGAGAAAAGCCUUAUAAAUGCAGUGAAUGUGGGAAAUCUUUUUCCACUAAGUUUCACCGUCACAGUGAUCAGAGAAUUUACACUGGAGAAAAGUCUUAUCAAUGUAGCGAAUGUGGGAAAUAUUUUGCAAGUAGCAGUGGUUUCCAAUAUCAUCUAAGAGUUCAUACCGGAGAAAAGCCUUAUAAAUGCCAUGAAUGUGGACAGUCUUUUUCAGGUUGUAGUGGUCUCCAAUAUCAUCUAAGAGUUCAUAGGGGAGAAAAGCCUUAUAAAUGCAGUGACUGUGGGAAAUUUUAUACCAGUAGCAACAACCUUCGCUGUCAUCAGAGAGUUCAUGCAAGAGAAAAGCCCUUUAAAUGCAGUGAAUGUGGAAAGUCUUUUAUCACCAGCAGUAUACUUGAUCGUCAUCAGAGAGUUCAUACAGGAGAAAAGCCUUAUAAAUGUAGUGAAUGUGGGAAAUCUUUUACCACUAAAGCCCAUCUUCACAGUCAUCAGAGACUUCACACUGGAGAAAAGCCUUAUCAAUGUAGUGAAUGUGGGAAAUCUUUUAUCACCAACAGUAAACUUUGUCGUCAUCAGAGAGUUCAUACAGGAGAAAAGCCUUAUAAAUGUAGUGAAUGUGGGAAAUCUUUAACCACUAAGGCCUACCUUCACAGCCAUCAGAGACUUCACAGUGGAGAAAAGCCUUAUAAAUGCAGUGAAUGUGGGAAAUCUUUUACCACUAAGGCCCACCUUCACAGACAUCUGAGACAUCACACUGCAGAAUAGCAUUAUAAAUGCAGUGAAUGUGGGAAAUCUUUUACCACUAAGUCCCACCUUCACAGUCCUCAGAGAGUUCACACUGGAGAAAAGCCUUAUUAAUGUAGUGAAUGUGGGAAAUAUUUUGCAGGUCGCUGUGGUCUCCAAUAUUAUCUAAGUUCAUACAAGAGAAA